AUGCAUUUAGCUGCACUGUUACUUAUAUCGAGCGUGUCGUGUCUUCAGCUCCAUGGAAAUACUUACCAAGUUGAACAGCCGGUUACUGUGACGCCAUCUGGUGAGAUUCGUGGGGGGUACAAUGUUACGCGGAAAGGUCGCACCUUCGAGUCUUACCGCGGCAUACGUUACGCAGAGCCGCCAGUUGAAGAUCUGAGAUUUCAGCCUCCAAAACUUAUACUUGAAUACAAGGCUCCAGUAGAUGCGAGUAAAGAUGGCCCCGCGUGUCCCAUGCCAGCGACCACAGGGUACUACCUUGAUGAAGACUGCCUUACCAUCAACGUGUACACUCCCCUUAAAAAUGAUAGAAAGGAGCCGCUACCUGUAGUGAUGUUUAUUCACCCUGGUGGUUUCUACUCCAUGACGGGACGGAGCGACCGGGCGGGACCGCACUAUCUUCUGGAUCGAGACCUUGUGCUUGUCACUAUUAACUAUAGACUUGGAACUCUUGGUUUCUUAAGCACAGGGGAUGAAUUGGCACCAGGAAAUAACGGGCUUAAAGACCAAGUAGCAGCUUUGAAGUGGGUUCAGAGGAACAUCGCAGCGUUUGGUGGAGACCCCCACAGCGUCACCCUCACGGGCUACAGCGCCGGUUCUAGAAGUGUCAUGCUGCAUAUAAUAUCACCUAUGUCUAAGGGUCUAUUUCAUCGAGCAAUUUCAAUGAGUGGAUCGCCGUUCAAAGUUACGCCGCCUCGAGAUAACUUAUACCACUUAGCUGUGAGACAAGCUGAGCUCUUGAACUGUCCCACCGCUAACUCCACAGUUAUAGUAGACUGCUUAAGAACUAAGCAUUGGAGAGAUAUAGCUUAUUCCUUGAACGGUUUCUACGAAUUCGGACGUGAUCCACUAAUUAUAUGGGCUCCGGUUAUAGAGAAGGAUUUUGGACAAGAAAGUUUUUUAACUGUGGACCCAAUAGUCUCCGUCCAAGAAGGCAAAAUACACGCCGUCCCCAUCAUUGUCAGUCAAACAACAGAUGAAUUCUUUUGGAAGGCAUUCACGGUUUUGAAAAACCAAACCCUCCUGGACACUAUGAAUAGUAAAUGGGAUGAAGUCGCCCCCAUAUCAUUUCUCCUGCCACGGAAAGACUCUGGACCACCUCGUGCUCUCCGUAAAGCCUACCUUCACGAUAAACCUUUGACGUAUGAUAAGGAAAGUGCCGAGAAUCUUGGACUUUUAUAUCAAGAUUCUAUUGAGAGUUAUUCCAUUCAUAAGAUGGUAAAUUUAAUUUGCCGCCAUUCCUCUGAGCCAGUGUGGUAUUACGAGUUCGCGUACAUCGGGAACCAUAGCUUUUAUGAAGAUCCUGUAACCAAGAAACCUGUAGGUGUCGCACAUCACGAUGAUUUGAUCUACUUGCUCUCGUUGAGCUACCGCUUUCCCGACAUUGGCACUACUGGAAGAGAUGCUAUCGCUGUCGAUAGAAUGACUGCGAUUUGGUACAGCUUUGCGAAAUAUGGGAACCCAAAUGCAGGGACGCUGCCCGAACUCAAGCAUCUUUAUUGGCCUCGAAUGUUACCCGACAACCGUCAGUACUUGCGUAUAGACAACGAGUUAACUAUACACCACAACUUGAAGGAGGACAGGAUGAAGAUAUGGGAGCAACUGUACCCAAUUGAAUAU